GGAAAAUUACCAAGCAUGGAUCCAACCACCCCAGCCUGGAGCACAGACAACACAACAAUGAAUGAAACUUACUACACUGAAAACUUACCCUGUAUUGACUCCAUCCCCAUUAUCCUGAAUAUUCUUAAAGCUGGCAUUGCCAUGGUUGGGCUGGCAGUAAAUGCCAUAGUGCUGUGGCUUCUGAGCUUUCACAUACAAAGGAAUGCCUUCUCUGUCUAUGUCCUCAACCUGGCUGGGGCUGACUUCCUCUUCCUCAGCUUUCAGACUGUGUAUUCCCUGGAACGUAUCCUUCUUCAUUUCUAUGACAUCUACUUCGAUAUUCCCAUCUAUCUCAUAAAUGUAUUAAUCUUUGCUAACCUUGCAGGUAUGUGUAUUAUUGCGGCCAUCAGUGCUGAGCGCUGUCUGUCUGUUUUGUGGCCCAUCUGGUAUCACUGCCAACGACCAAGACACUUAUCAGCUGUCAUAUGUGCCCUGCUCUGGGCCUUCUCUCUACUGUUGAGUCUCCUGUUAGGGCAUGAUUGCGGCUUGCUAGUUAUUGGCUAUUAUAACCAUUCUUUGUGUAGGAGUUAUAAUUUUAUCACUACUGCAUUUGUGAUAGUAUUAUCUGUGGUUCUUUGUGGAUCCAGCCUGGCCCUGUUGUUCAGGAUCUUCUGUGGCUCACGAAGAAUUCCUGUGACCAGGUUGUGUGUGACCAUUACCCUCACGGUGCUGGUCUUCUUAUUCUUUGGUCUGCCCUUUGGUAUCUAUUGGUUCCUCUUAGAUUGGAUUGAGGAGUUACACAAAGUUUUCCCUUGCCAUAUUAAAGAAAUGACAACUUUUGUAUCCUGCAUUAACAGCUGUGCCAACCCCAUCAUUUACUUCAUUGUUGGCUCUGUUAGGCACCGCAGGUUCCAUAGGAAGACUCUGAAGAUACUACUGCAGAGAGCCAUGCAGGACACUCCUGAGGAAGAAGGUGAAGAAAGGGGUUCUUCAAGAAAUCCUGGGGAACAGGAAACAGUCUGGUGUAGUAGUUGA